AUGCUGUCCUCCCUGGCCGUUGCCACCUCUCUGGUUGGCUUGGCCGUCGCAAACCCUCUCGACUCUGCACUCUUGCCCCGAGCCGCAUGUGACGGUAACACAGCUUCCACUCGCUCUACAUGGUGUGACUACGAUCUCAGCACCGACUGGUACAACAUCGUUCCUGACACCGGUGUCACUCGAGAAUACUGGCUCGAGUUGUCAGACCCAACUGUCUCCCCCGAUGGCGUUUCGCGCUAUGCUAUGGCCAUCAACGGGUCAAUUCCCGGACCAACCCUCUACGGAGACUGGGGUGACUACUUCAAGAUCCAUGUGACGAACUCGCUCACCCAAAGCACCAACGGGACGUCAAUUCACUUCCACGGUAUCCGACAAAACUACACGGUCCAGAAUGACGGUGUCGUCUCCAUCACCCAAUGUCCCACACCACCCGGGUCUUCUAUCACCUAUGAGUGGAGGGCGACUCAGUACGGGUCGACAUGGUACCACUCCCACUUCGCCCUGCAAGCUUGGGAGGGCGUCUUUGGUGGAAUCCUCAUCAACGGACCUGCCUCUGCCAACUACGACGAGGAUCUCGGCCACAUGUUCCUCAACGACUGGGACCACUCCACCGUUGACGAGCUCUACAUCUCUACCGAGAUACAUGGCCCUAUUACGCUCGACACUGGUCUGCUCAACGGCACCAACGUCUACGGUGACGAUGGUGACGCCGACCAGACCGGUCACCGCUGGAGCACCACCCUCACUGAGGGAACCAGCUACCGCAUGCGAUUGGUGAACGCCGCUGUCGACACCCACUGGAAGUUCUCCAUUGACAACCACACAAUCGGUGUCAUUGCCAUGGACCUCGUUCCAAUUGUGCCUUACAACACCACCACGCUCAGCAUCGGCAUUGGUCAGCGCUACGACAUUAUCAUCUACACCGAGGGCAUGACUGAUAUCGCUACCGACUUCUGGAUGCGCGCCAUCCCCCAGACAGCCUGUUCCGACAACGACAACGCCGACAACAUCAAGGGGAUAAUCUCCUACGGCACCACCGUGUCCACCCCAUCCACGACCGCCUACGACUACACUGACUCCUGCGACGACGAGCACGUCUCCACGCUCGUCCCCUGCCUCUCCAAGACCGUCUCGGGCUCCACCUGGGACAUCGACGAGGCCGCCACGGUGUCCAAAAACGACGACGGCUACUUCCGCUGGUACCUGAACUCGACGACCAUGGAGGUCAAGUGGGCCAACCCGACCCUGGCGCAGAUCUACAACGGCACCACAUCCUGGGACAACAGCUCCGCGGUGGUGACCCUCAACGGCAAGGACGAGUGGGCCUACGUCAUCAUCGAGACGACCCUCGCCGUCCCGCACCCCAUCCACCUGCACGGCUUCGACUUCUUCGUGCUCGCCCAGGGCUCGGGGACCUACACCUCGGGCACCACCGCGCUGAACCUCGACAACCCUCCCCGCCGCGACACGGCCAUGCUGCCCGCGAGCGGCUACCUCGUCCUCGCCUUCAAGACCGACAACCCGGGCGCCUGGCUCAUGCACUGCCACAUCGGCUGGCACACGUCCGAGGGCUUCGCCAUGCAGUGGAUCGUCCGCCAGGACGAGGUCACCGACCUGAUCGACUACGACAGCCUCGAGGCCACGUGCGACGCCUGGGACGCGUACGCGGCUCAGUACUCCGUUACCGAUGACGACUCUGGCGUGUAA